GAAAACGGGUCCGGACUAACCGUGUCCGGGUCCGGCACGUGCCCGGCCUGGCGGGGUACGUGCUUGUGGCGAAUCCUACCCCUCGCGCCUUCAUGCUUUAAACUCGAACCGAUUCCUUUCAACCUCCUGUGCCACUCAAGACCACCAUCGUCAGGAGCUCUCGUCUCUCGUCAAGUCUUUCAUGGUUUCCAUUAGAUUUCUCCGACCUCGGCGACUUUCGCAAGCACCGUCGGGAACUUCAAACGCCUACUCUCUCUUUCACGCCCGCUUCACUCUCCGAGCACUUCGUCACUCCUCUGGCGACUGCCCUUCGCCGCAACCCGAUUCUUCACCGUCCUGUCAGCCUCAUUCUGUCGUCUCAUCGAUCUGUUCGAUGGUGUGCGAUGCUCAUCACAAGCAUGCCCAUGUGAGAGUGCGGCCUCCGCACCUCAGUCUUAACAUAGAUUGUGAUUCUCUGACUCAUGAGCAGGCCAUUACCGUCGUUGCCUCUCUGGCCAAUGAGGCUGGUUCGAUGGUGGCGUUGAGUUUCUUCUACUGGGCUAUCGGGACUGAUAAAUUUAGGCACUUUAUGAGGCUUUAUAUAGUUUGUGCCACGUCGUUGAUUGGUAAUGGUAACUUGGAGAGGGCCAAUGAAGUGAUGCAGUGUAUGGUCAAAAGCUUUGCUGAGAUUGGGAGGUUAAAGGAGGCUAUUAAUAUGGUACUUGAAAUGCAGAAUCAGGGUCUGGUGCCCACUACCCGUUUGAUGAAUUUUGUCAUGGAGGUCGCCAUUGAAAGGGGUUUUCUCGACUCUGCAGAGAACGUGUUUGAUUGUUUGUAUGAGAGAGGGGUUUUUCCUGAUCCUAACAGUUACAAGGUGAUGGUCAUUGCUUACUGUCGAAUGGGGAGUAUUCUUGAGGUAGAUGCUUGGUUGAGUAAACUGAUUGGUAGAGAUUUCAUUGUUGAUAAUGCUACUCUUACCUUGAUCACCAACUCGUUUUGUGAGAAGGGGUUUAUGACUCGAGCUAUUUGGUAUUUCCGGAAGAUGGUCGAUAUGGGUUUGAUGCCGAAUGUGUUAAAUUAUACCUCACUGAUCAAUGGGUUAUGCAAGAAAGGCAGCAUUAAGCAAGGAUUCGAGCUCCUGGAGGAAAUGGUUAGAAAAGGUUGGAAGCCAAAUGUGUAUACUCAUACGGCGUUGAUUGAUGGUCUCUGCAAGAAGGGUUGGAGUGAUAAGGCAUUUAGACUCUUCCUUAAGCUAGUCCGGAGUGAAAAUUAUAAACCAAACGUGUAUACAUACACUGCCAUGAUCAGUUGCUAUUGCAGAGAAAACAAGAUGAACCGUGCAGAGAUGUUAUUCGGCAGAAUGCAAGAACAGGGACUGAUUCCUAACACCAAUACAUACACGACUCUCAUCGAUGGCCAUUGUAAAGGUGGGGAUUUCGAAAGAGCAUAUGAGUUGAUGGGCAUAAUGACAGAUUCGGGCUUCAGCCCUAACAUCUGUACGUACAAUGCACUUAUUGAUGGUCUUUGUAAGAGGGGUAGGUUUGAAGAGGCUUGUAAAAUGCUGAAAAAAUCUUUCCAAAGUGGAUUGGAAGCUGAUCUGUUCACAUAUAGUAUACUCAUAAACGAGCAGUGCAAGAGGGCGAGAAUUGAGCAAGCCCUAGCACUUCUAAGCAGGAUGAUUAAACUUUCUGUGCAACCUGAUAUACAAACAUACACCAUUAUGAUUUCUGCCUUGUGUAAGCAAAAGAGAAUGAAAGAAAGUGAAAAGAUUUUCGAAGAAGCUAUCAGGCUCGGCUUAGUUCCUACCAAAGAAACCUACACAUCCAUGAUUGGUGGAUUCUUUAGGGAUGGGAAUGCCAGCUUAGCAAUAAAAUUUUUCCACAGGAUGAGUGACCAUGGAUGUCUCCCUGAUAGUAUCACUUAUUGCGCUUUGAUCAGCGGACUUUGCAAAGAGUCCAGGUUGAAUGAGGCUCGUCGACUAUAUGACUCGAUGAUAGACAAGGGACUUUCCCCAUGCGAGGUUACUCGACUGACGUUGGCCUAUGAAUACUGCAAAAAAGAUGAAUCUGCUAAUGCAUUGCUGAUUUUGGAGAGAUUAGAAAAUAAACUUUGGAUCCGAACUGUGAAUACAUUAGUGAGGAAGCUUUGCAGUGAGAAAAAGGUGGGAAUGGCAGCACUGUUCUUUCAUAAAUUAACCGACAAGGAAACCAGAGUGGAUCGUGUAACAUUAGCUGCAUUUAUGACUGCUUGUUACGAAAGCAACAAAUAUGCUCUUCUUUCAGAUCUGACCAAAAGGAUCCGUGAAGGAAAUGGCUGCCACUCACAACUUAGUUGAUGGAUCAUCAUAAUUGCAAACUUGAUCGACAGAAAGUGCAGAGAUGGCCUAGUACUCACAUUGAGAUGGGAGAAAACAAAAGACGGUGACACACAUAUUGGAUGGGUUUUCCAUGCAACUCCAAAGAACCUGGAGCAGAGCUUGAUUCUAUUAAUGGAGCAAGAAGUGUCAGAGAACUGUAUGAGCUUACAAGUACUAACUACCGCAGAAAAUAAUCCCGUGCAUUUUGGCCAAUAAUGGAGACUUUGAUCGUUAUCCUGCUCACUGCAAGCCCAAAGAGAAGGAAAUAACUAAUGGAUGCUUGACAGUAUAAACAUUGGUGCUUACAAGUGUGGGGAAGCAAAGCAGCAGGUGCCUUAAAGUGGUCAUGUCAAAGCAGGAAAGAACAAAAGAUGGUGAUGCAUAUAUUAGAUGGUUCUCCUGCUUCUAACUCUGAAGAACCUGGAGCAGAGGCUGAUCCUAUUAUUGGAGCAAAAACUGCCAGAGAACUGUAUGAGCUUGCGAAUACAAACUACUGUAGAAGAUACUGGGUACCUGGUGAUAAUGUUGGAACCAAUGAGGUGGCACUAGCAAAAAGGAGACAAAAAGGGGCGACAAUAUUUUGCAGGUGAACUAGCAAGGAUAUUGUGCUGGACAAUGUAAGUGAUUCUAAUGUCUUAGGACCCAAGCAUUUUCUUGGUCUGAAUUUUGUUUUGUGUCUGUUUUCUUUUUCUCUCGAGCAUUAGAUUUUUUUUCUUUGGCGCAUAAUAAGCAUUAGACUGAUUUGUAAGAACUAGCUAAGAAACAUCUAACGAACUAGCUGAACUUGGAAGCAUGGUUUUAAUGAUAGAUUCUACAAAUACUUGCUUUUUGGAUUUGCACCAUCUAUCAUAUUGUGCCUUAUUAAUCCCAGAAAAGAGGCAUAUAGAUUAAAUUGUUUUCUUCAAGUUAGUUGUUCUUCUCAAAACAAUUAC